UGGCAGUUGGUGGUUGUGCGUCCCUGUAACAACAACACAAAGCAAUAACUCUGAGAGAAAAGGGCAUCUGCUUUCAGCUAUAAUCCCAUAAGUCUUUUUGAAACAGCCUCCAUUUGCGGUGGCUGCAUGCACAGGCAAUGAGUUUCAGUGAAGGGGGAGCUGUUUUCAAGAGGAAACCCAAAGAGGCAAUGGAUCAAACACCUCACCUGCAUCAAACCAGGAAGAACAAGAAGAGAGAUCAUGGCGGAGGGAAUCGUGUGAAAGCGAAACGGCGCGCUCUGGUGUCAUUCUGGGAGUUGCCGGAGUACAUGAAGGACAACGAGUUCAUAUUGAAUUACUACAGAGCCAAUUGGCCCCUCAAGGAAGCUCUCUUCAGUAUAUUUCGUUGGCAUAACGAAACGCUCAACGUUUGGACGCAUUUGAUUGGGUUUAUUUUGUUUCUGGGCUUGACUGUGGCGAAUUUGAUGGAAGUGCCUCACCAGGUUGCGGAUCUUCUUGGCUUCUUCACCAGGUCUAUGCCUUUCAGUGCAGAAACAAAUGUUUCUCAUAAUUUCAAAGAUUUUGCCGCUGACACCACAAGACUGGUGGAUUUGAAGCACGCAGCACCGGCGGAAAUGGAUAUCACCCUGCUGGAAAUGGCGGCGUCACGGUGGCCGUUCUUCGUGUUCCUGAGCGGCUCAAUGUUCUGCCUCCUCUCCAGCAGCAUCUGCCACCUCUUUUCCUGCCACUCCCACCACCUAAACCUCUUCCUGCUCCGAAUAGACUACGUCGGAAUCACCGUCAUGAUCAUCACCUCCUUCUUCCCUCCGAUCUACUACAUCUUCCACUGCGACCACCGCUGGCAACUCAUCUACCUAGGCGGCAUCACGCUGAUGGGCGUCUUCACCAUUGUCACAAUGCUAUCGCCGGCGAUGUCGAGCACCAAGUACCGCGCUUUGCGGGCGCUGAUAUUCUCGUCUCUGGGGUUGUUCGGGAUCAUCCCCGCAAUCCACGCGGUUGUUGUCAACUGGGGGAACCCGCAACGGAACGCUACGCUUGCGUACGAGUUAGCCAUGGCGGCAUCUUAUUUGACGGGGGCGUUUAUUUAUGUCAGCCGGAUUCCGGAGCGGUGGAAACCCGGAUGGUUCGAUUUGGCGGGUCACAGCCACCAGAUUUUUCACGUAUUGGUGGUGAUGGGUGCUUUAGCCCACUACGCCGCCACGCUCGUAAUCCUGGAUUCCCAACACACUAUGCGUUGUGGGAGUGUUGUGGCUUGAUUUUUAGAUAUAUUCCAAAUUUAAAUGUGUGAAACUUGUUUAAUUUUAUUUAUUUAUUUAUUAAUUUGUUAAAUUUGGGAAUUAGUUAAUUCGGUGGGUGUAAUUAUAUCAUCAAAAUGUGACUGAAUGAAUUUGGUUUAACAAAUUUGUUCUCAAUUUUA